AUGCGGAACACGGACGAGCCAGAUCUCCUCACGCCGAUGGACGAGGAGGAAAGGGAGAACCUGCAAAACAAGCUGAAUGACCAGAGACUUAAGUUAGAGGAAAACAAAAAAUACCUGGAGCAGUUACGCAGCGAAAGUGAAAAUGGGCUUCUUACCACUACAAAUAGGAGGCACAGCCAGGGAGGGGACCACCCCGACCCUGACAGCAUGUUGAAAAGUUUCCUCGAGUCGAUAGAGAGGGAAGAACUAAGUAUGGACGCAUUGCAGGAGCAGGUGGACGGAGGUAAUGAAGAAAUGUCCCACAUGGAGAAUAACGAGAGGCACCACCUAGUCAGUAACAACAUCGCGAAGGAGAACUUCUACGGCAACCCGAGCGCGAAUCCAACAGGGAACCCAAGUGUGAACCCCAGUGCCAACCCCCUGGACGAAUACAACGAACAGAAGAAUUUUCUCUUCCUAAAAAAGAACUCAGGAAAAAACUUUAGCUUCAAAAUUGGAAAGGUGCCCACUGAGGAGAAGGUCAUACACAUAGAGAAAAAGGUUGUCAACCAUUUUGACAAGUCCAUUCAGGUGAACCUCAUCACGGAUGAGUCCACUUCUCCACUUCAGCACUCGCGCAAUGGAAAGAAGCGGAGGGAAAGGCUCGUUUCCCUCGUGUCGAAUAGCCAACCUAAUGAGGGGGACUUAAAAUCGGAGAAAUCUGGUACCACCAAGUUUGGGAGGAAGAAGGAUGCCGUUUUGAAAAAGGGUGUAGGGCUGGGGGGGAUAUCCUCCGAUGGCGCCCCCCCACAGGGGAAAGAGCCCAACCAAGCUGAUAUACUCCUACAGAGCAGAGGGUUUCUGUCCUUCUUGGAACGCACCUCUAAAAUUGUGGAGCGGUCCCUAGGGGAGCAAGAUGUCCUGAACGCCACCUUCGACUUUGCAGCCAAGGAUAUAACAGGAGGAGACACGGAGAGUGCCGAAAGGAUGAAGUUUGUGAAUACCUAUUCCUGUAAAAAGUACACAAAUGGAAGGCCCAUAACAGAUGUGAGGACAUCCAACAUUUACAGUGAACUCUUCCUUGCUUCGUACGGAUUAUCCACAACGAGCAACUACACGGACCCAGACGGUUACGUGUUAGUUUGGAAUAGUACAAUGAAUGGUCGACCCGAGUACGUAUUCACCUCCGAAACAGCUGUAUGUACCUCCGUCUUUAACAAGUUCAAUCCGCAUCUAAUCAUAGGAGGGACAUAUACGGGAAACGUUCUUCUGUGGGACAUACGAGCUAGCCAAAAAGCAAUACAAAGAACCCACCUAACUCCACAAGGUCAUUUGCAUCCCAUAUAUUGUGCCGAAGUUAUUGGCACUCUGAAUGCACAUAACCUGGUAACAGCAGAUACUGAUGGCAGGCUAUGCAAUUGGUCAUUAAACAUGUUAACUUAUCCAUCAGAUACGAUUGACUUGAAGAGAACCAACAAGGAAGUAUCAUGUUGUUGCUUUUCCUUCCAAGAAGGAGAAAUAAAUACGCUCUACGGAGGAGCAGAUGAUGGUACUUUAUUUCAAGCACAAAUACAUGGCACCAAGGUAGGUAUCACAGAGUUCUAUAACAUCCACCAUGGUCCCUUAACAGCAGCCCAGUUCCAUCCACUCAUUGAUGGGAUUCCGGAUGACCAUAACGAUCUUAUACUUACUUGCUCUGUUGACUGGUCUUGCAAGAUGCUCAGUGUGAAAGAACCCCAUAACGCACUUUACACCUUUGAUUGCUUUGAUGAUUACCUUAUGGAUGUGAAAUGGAAUCCCGUACAUCCAGCCAUUUUCGCCACCUGCAGUAGUAAUGGCAAUAUCAAAGUAUGGAACAUGUGUUUAGACCUGGACUGCCCCUACUUCGAUAUGACUGUUCAGGCGAAAUCGACAAAUAAAAUUGCCUGGUCGUGUGAUGGGAAGAAGCUCAUUGCGGCCGACUCGGAUGGUGCUUUGACUCUUUGGAACGCUUCCAGCGAGGUUUACCAGCCCAGGUCCGAGGACAUCGCCAAGUAUAGUGCACGUGUUGAGAAGAUGCGUAGUGAGCGAACCGGUGUAGCGGUGCAAUAA